AUGGAUGAUGCUGCAAUCCUUAAAAAGAGAGGCUAUGUCUUGGGAAUCAAUCUGGGAGAAGGGUCAUAUGCUAAAGUGAAAUCUGCCUACUCUGAUAGACUGAAAUUCAACGUGGCUGUGAAGAUAAUCAACAAGAAAAAAGCUCCUCAUGACUUCCUGGAAAGAUUUCUCCCCAGGGAAAUAGAGAUUCUGGCCAAAGUGAAUCACCGUGCAAUUGUCAAGACCUUUGAGAUUUUUGAGACAUCUGAUGGCAAAGUCUACAUCGUGAUGGAGCUUGGCGUACAAGGAGACUUACUGGAGUUCAUCAAGAGCAGAGGGGCCAUCUCUGAGGAUGUAGCUCGCAAGAUGUUUCACCAGCUGUCUUCUGCCAUCAAGUACUGCCACGAUUUGGAUGUAGUCCACAGGGAUUUGAAAUGUGAGAACCUCCUUCUAGAUAAAGACUUUAAUAUCAAACUGUCAGACUUUGGCUUUUCCAGACGACUGACUCGAGAUGAAAAUGGCAAAGUUAUUCUCAGUAAAACCUUCUGUGGUUCUGCUGCGUAUGCAGCCCCUGAAGUGUUACAGGGCAUUCCCUAUGAGCCUAAGAUUUAUGACAUAUGGAGUCUGGGUGUCAUUCUGUUUAUAAUGGUCUGCGGAUCAAUGCCUUACGACGACUCAAACAUUGGAAAAAUGCUAAAGAUUCAGAAAGAACACAGAGUGCACUUUUCCAACUCCAAAAGCUUGACAGUUGAGUGCAAAGAUCUUAUUUACCGCAUGCUGCAGCCAGACGUGGCUCGGAGGUUGCACAUAGAGGAAGUUUUUAAUCACAAGUGGCUGCAGACUCCAAAACCCAGAGUUCCUUUGGCAACUUCAUUUGUAAAAGAGGGAGAGUGUUCUCAGAAUCUCAGAGAGUUGAAGUCAGAGCACAGACGGGAAAUAGAACGCUUGGGGGAAUCUAAGACAGAUCGACCAGAUUACAAAACUGAGUUUAAAGCAGUGCCCAGAUUGGAAGCAGUAGCGGAAGCAGAGGAUGCCGUUCCCGAGGAAGAGCAAGCAGAAGUUAAUGAUCUUACAGAUCACAUGCAAAAAAUAGGGAUAAAAAAUGGUGAUGAUUAAAGGGUAGCCAAGUAUUUUAUCUAGCCCCCAAAAGACUAAUUGACAAGACUAUGAAGUGAGGAGUAUGAAAAGGGACCAAAGCAGAAAGAUGUAAAAAACAAUUUUAUGAAUUCUUUUAGAUCUCUAUAUCGGUAGCAACGUAGCUGAACAAUCCAUCAAUAAAUCACUUACAUUCAUAAUAAAAGUGUAAAUGUAACCAAAGGAAUAUUUUUUUCUCCUAGUCAGAUCUGGUUGCAGAAUGGUGUAGGCACUGCCACAAUACCUGGCUUCUUUUGCUACAUGUCUCCUGUCACUGUGAAGCUGUUAUGAGAUCUGUCAUCAUUUUGAUGUUUGGGAACUCACUGAGUUGUAGCCAGCCUCUGACAGCCUGUUCCCUAAAAGAGUGGAAUAAAAAGCUAUUGUCUCCUUCCAUUAAUCAUAUCUUUGAGCUGGUUCUCAGUGCCAAUUCCUUAAGUCAUCUGAAAAUGCAUAGUUGGACUUGGAAAGACCUCAUGCUUCUAAGCAGGUCAGCAUGGCCAGUUCUGCCCACACGGGUGAAUUCAGGCUU